AUGCAGACUUUAACUGCGGAGAAUCUUGCGGAUAACCGUAGCGACCACUCCGGAAGUAAGCGUCCGUCGCUGUUGUCAAAAAAGGGCAGCGAGGUUCCCAUCAACACCAGUCUCAGUAUGCGCCGGAAGUCGCGUUUAGAGGGCCGUCCGAUCAACCAUUCUAGCCGAAUGUCCAUGGUAUCGCGAUCAAGCGUAACUGGAAGUUCCGUUGGAAUUAAGAACAUCGGGCUUUAUACCGUUAAGCUGCAGAACACGUACAAGCUGCAGCCGGACCUAAUUGAAAUGUUCAAGCCCGGCAGUGUUAGUGACGUCAUGCAGGAAGUGCUCGUUGAGUGCCUGGACGGUGAGAAGUACAACCCUACGCACUGCCGAAUCCUCUCACAAAUGCUGACGGAUCUCAUCAAGUCGCGCGUGAAGGACAUGGGAUUUCAGCGCAACAAGUAUAUAGUGACGGUGACCAUUGGUCAGGACAGUAACCAAGAAGUCCGUGUAGUUAGCCGGUGUCUAUGGAACAAAGACACGGACAAUUACGCCGAGGCUAGUUAUAACAAGAAUGGGUUGUACGCGGUAGCAGCGGUGUACGCUCGCCAUUUCGAAUAG